AUGUCGUCGCAGAUAUCUGUUCUCACGAGCACGACAAGGCUAACCUGCCGCCGGGACUUCCCCGUUUGGUACGACGCUCUCUACGCCGAAGCCGACGCAGCAGACGUCUGGGAUCUCAUAGACCCAGACGACACUACGUCUCCGUCAGACCCAAGAGAGGACGAUGAAGAACUCUCGAUCGAAUCAUGGAUCACGCAGCAGAACGAAAAGCAGCGUAGAACCUAUGAUCGGAAGCGGAAAGCCUACGAUUCGAUUCUCCAGCAUAGGGCAGAAGCGAGUGACGAUACAGGGGAAGAACUCCAGGAGCCUGUAGCACAACCAACUCUCACGCAAAACACGCCCGGGAUCUUUGAAAGAUAUACGAACUACCUCGCUUCAAAAUCAGGCCGCGACGUCCUCAAAACUCGUCGGGAGCGGGACUUCGACUCUAUUCAGCGUUGGGUUAAGGAAACGGUCGACAAGGACAUCCUCUACGCUGCGAGAUCGGAGAUCCUAGCGAACAACCAACGUUCACUCCGUGCUCUUAUUCAGUACCUUCGGAAACGCUACGCUCCAAGCGAAUCAAGCAGUCAAACUACAGUUCGCGAAGAGUACCUUCUCCUCCUGGAAAAGGCCAACACAAGCGUAAACCCCCAGACCUGGCUAAGAGACUUCCAUCGAGUACUGCUCCGCGCGCUUCGAUUCAGAAUACCGGAAAGCCAGGGAACGCUCGCUUCGAAAACUUUUCUUCGAGCGGUGGGACACCGUUUUGCCCCCUCCUGGGCGACCUCCGAGCUCACUGAAAUUGUCAAAAUGGAGCGCAAGGGGGACCGCAUCCCUACUUGCACCCGCGUGGAGUACGCCCUUACCGGGCGAAUCAAGCCUUCCCAGGACAAACUAUCGAGGGACGAGUGCAAGGAGAUUCGAAAGCGUAUCAAUCAGUCCGAGAACUAUGAUCUCCGAGCCGAAUUAGCUCGGAAAGGCUGGAUCUGGGCGACGGAACCUCCCAGCUUCCGAAACCCAGCGCCGCCUCGCAAUAGGUCGUCAGGAAAUACCGGCUCUAAAGCGAAAUCGCAGCAAGAGGAGAAUGAGUCAGAGGUGACACUGAAGAGAAAUAUCCACGCAGUAACGAUCAGCCGUGAACUUCUCCGGGAAAUUUCGGACGACUUCGACUCGGACUACGACCAACCAAGCGUAUUUGCAACCCCACUGACGGGACCCCAUGUUCUGUCACGAAGCACGGUUCUCGACAACUGCGGAGCUACGCACCUUGUUAACAACCUUGACUUGCUUGAAUCGUCUUCUAUUAAAACGUGCAUCGGCGACGAGAGAGUCGACUCAGGAACUGCUUCGUACCCAAUCCUAGCAAAGGGAACGUGGAUCUUGCCAAAAGCACUAAAUGGCCCUGAUGGAGACCUCACAGCAGACCUUACGCUCCAUAACGUUGGAUACGUAGAGAACUUUCACGUUAACAUCGUUUCGGAAGCACUCCUCCGAAAGACAGGCAUCUGGUACUCCGGAUUGGAUAACACACUUCGCCAGGGAACGUACAAAAACAGCGUGGUAGUCAAGCAUCUUGUUAGGAAGAUGAACAUUACUUUCUUCGAAUAUAAGACCGGUUCCCAGUAUAUUGCUCAGAAGCGAAUUACCUCGAGUAACGCAGGAAUCGUGAACCAUUUGGUGCUUGCAGUACAGGAUCCCGCUCGACUCUCGCUUCGUAAACCACCUGAUAGGGUCUCAUGGGAUCUCUUCGACUACCCGACAAGCUUUGACAAGAACCGCUGGCUCUUAGUGAUCAAAGACGAAUAUACCGGUCGUCUUUUCGCGUUUCCGCGCCAUAACGGGAUUGAAAUCGAAGAGACACCCCCCUACACCAAGGAACCCAAUGGCGGAGGCGAACGAGCGGGCCAGGAAUUAAUAACCCGAGCGAUAAAGAUGCUCAGCGCAGCGGGCCUGCCAACUACUCUCUGGGUGGAAGCAGUCAUGGCAGCCGCCUACCUGUACAAUAUGUCACCACGGAAGCGAAGAGCUUGGCUCUCACCAAUUCAAAUCUCGGAACCUCCGGCUACGGCGAACCCAGGACUCCAAUUCCUCGGACUCGCAAAACCAAGCGAACUCGUAUUUUCACUUGAAGAGCAGCCCCUGCCACCUGCCUUCGCGCCGUCGACCGUAAUCUCAGAAGAGACAACGGUAAAACGCUCCGCGGUUAACAGCCGACGCGAAGAGGGCCUGCUCACCCCGGAACCGACCCCUGAGCCGGCCGCAGCGCCGGAGGGGACGGACGGGCAAACGACCGGCCAACAAAGCUCCGAAGCGAUGGACGCCGGCGUUCCCGACCCGGGGCACGAAGCCCUCUCUGAGGCGGUCGAAGACGUGAUAUACGUCAAGACCAACAACGAACCUCCACGAGAACCGGCCGUGGAGGCCGACUCGAGUAAUGAUCUCGGGGGUGACUCCCCAACUCACCCGGUGCGGCCACACUCGGAUAAUGGGAACGGGCGCGAACCCGAGAUAAAGACCAAGCGGGUGUACAACCGCAAGGACUACGGCCAACAACAGGGCAAACCGAGACGAUCACCUCGCUUCGCCCAACACUUCGCAUUCCUACAAACGGAACAGCGGUCACUCCACAGCGAGUGA